UCCUUCAAUUCAAACCACAAGAAAACAUAAUCAGUUAGUAUAGUAAAAAAUAACUGCUCUCUUUCAAGAACAUCAACAAAAAUGGCCUUCACCUUCAAGCUCAACACAUGUAAUCCAAUUUUCUUCACCAUAACCAACACUUCAAGCUACGACCCAUUACUGAAGAAUGCAAGAAGAAGUGGAUUUUUGAGUUUCAGAUUUUCUGCUUCAACGACGAGUAGUGGAAGUACUGCUGCAGAGGCAUUUGAAGAAGGAGAACUUGAAAGGCCAAAAUGGGCAGGAGAAACACCGCUUUCGCGUCUCGUUGGAGCUCUCAUUUCCAUUAAGCCAUUGUUUUCUGUGCUUAAACUUGGUGCUAGACAGGUUUUUAUAAGUACAGCUGAGAAAACAAGCAUUCCAUGGAGAGAGAUGACAAAGGAGAUACUCGAUUCGGAUGUUUACAAAGAGCUGGAGAGCAUUGAGAAUCCUGCUAUUGUAUACCCUGAUUAUUAUCUCAAUCCCUUCCACGCAUAUGAUGAGGGCAAUCUCUCCUGGCUGGCUGCAGCUGAAGUAGAGGCCGCAACUAUGUCGAUGGUGAGAAGAGCAAUACCUUAUGCGUCCUCACUUGAUGAAGCAAACCAGAUAGUACGCGGAAAUUGGCUUGAUGCAAUCGAAAAACAUCAUCAGCAAUAUUCAGCAGACUUCUCAAUCAGAGACAUUCUUGACAUUGGAUGCUCUGCUGGUGUGAGCACAGGAUACAUUGCAGACAAAUAUCCUUCUGCUAAAGUUACCGGUUUGGAUCUCUCACCUUAUUUUCUUUCGGUUGCUCAAUAUAAAGAAAAGAAGAGAAACCAGAGAAAGAAUCCUAUCAGCUGGAUACACGCAAACGGUGAAGACACUGGCUUGCCUUCCGAAUCAUUUGACCUCGUUUCAAUUGCUUAUGUGUUUCAUGAAUGUCCUGAAAGAGCAAUACGAAAUAUAGUGAAAGAGUCAUUCCGGCUGCUUCGGCCUGGAGGAACUAUUGCUAUAACUGAUAACUCGCCAAAGUCGAAGAUUCUUCAGGAACUACCACCAGUGUUGUUUACAUUGAUGAAGAGUACUGAACCUUUUCUGGAUGAAUACUACUUGACUGAUCUUGAAAGAGUGAUGAAGGAUACUGGUUUUGCCAAUGUACAAACUGUUCUCACUGAUCCUAGACAUAGAACCGUUACAGCCACCGUGCCUUACUAGCAUUUUCGGAGACAACCUCUCUAUCUCACCGAGGUAGGGAUAACGUCUGUGUACACUGUACUAAUGCAGCACUGCCUAUCUAAACUAGGUAGUUGAACUGUAUUCAAAGAUUUCAAUCUGUUUGUCCGGUUUUGACUUGGCACAGAGUUUAAGAAAGUAAGAAAAUUUGACGGA